AUGAAAACAGAUUUAUCUAAUACCACAAUUCCUUUGCAAAAUAUUUCACCGGGAAAAUAUUAUCAUUUUGGUAAAGGUAAUGGUAUAAAAAAUAACUACAAAGGAAAUAGUGAAAAUCAUAUAUUAAAAUUAGCUUUUGGUAUCGAUGGAUUACCUUUAACGAAAAGUUCUAGCAGUGCAUUUUGGCCCAUACUGUGCUACAUAGUACCAAAUUCGCAAUUAGUGUUUCCGGUUGGCAUUUACUGGGGUAGAGACAAACCAAUUAAUAGCAACGAUUUUUUACAUGACUUUUGUAAUAAGCUUAAAGAAUUAGUCCUAAAUGGAAUAGAAAUUAAAGAUGAUGUUGGAAAUUUGAAAAAGACACAAAUUGAGUUACAAGUAUUUUGUUGUGACGUUCCAGCUAAGUCGUUUGUACUUAAGACAAAAGGACAUAGUGGUUUUUUCUCAUGCAACCGUUGUUUUGCAGAAGGAGAAUACAUAAAUCGAAGAGUCUGUUUUCCUGAACUGACUUCUAUGAAAAGAACACACGAUAAUUUUGUCAAUAAGCAACAAGAAGAACAUCAUGUAGGACAGGACAUGUCUAUUCUUCUUCAAAUCCCGGGAAUAGAAAUAAUUAAUGAUUUUAGUUUAGAUUACAUGCAUUUAGUAUGCUUAGGUACAAUGAGGAAAUUAAUUAACUUAUGGCUAAAAGGACCAUUAAAAGUACGAAUAAAUAGUUCAAAAAGUAAAUUACUAAGCUCUGCUCUAUUAUUAUUGAAACCUAACGUAACAAUAGAUUUCCAAAGAAAGCCUCGCGGAGUGAAUGAAGUAUCUAGGUGGAAGGCUACAGAGUUAAGAACAUUUGUUUUGUAUUUAGGUCCUGUGGUAUUAAAAAUAUAUUACAAGUGA